AUGGGUCGUGUUAAGCUGGAGAUUAAGAGAAUAGAGAACAACACCAAUCGGCAAGUUACAUUCUCAAAGCGCAGAAAUGGACUCAUUAAAAAAGCCUACGAGCUUUCCAUCCUUUGUGACAUUGACAUUGCACUUAUCAUGUUCUCUCCUUCUGGUCGUCUUAGCCACUUCUCCGGCAAACGAAGGAUUGAAGAUGUGUUUACUCGUUACAUCAAUCUCCCAGACCAAGAAAGAGAGCAUGCUAUAAUUUUCCCUGAUCACAACAGACUUCCAAAAUUCUAAAUGAUCAAAAACGUAUAUAUACGAUGUUGUUUGUUUUUCUUGCAGUACUUGCUCAGGACCCUUCAACAACUUCGUAGUGAGAAUGAUAUUGCUCUUCAACUAGCCAAUCCUACUGCAGUGAGCUCUGAAAUUGAGGAAAUUCAACAGGAAAUCGGUGGGCUACAACAACAGCUUCAAAUGGCGGAAGAGCAAAUAAGGAUAUAUGAGCCUGACCCACUAAAAAUCACAUCUAUGGCAGAGCUUGAAUCAUCUGAGCAAAGACUUGAAAACACCUUGUCGCGUGUUAUGCAGAGAAAGGAAUAUUUGUUGAGUAACCAGCUAUCCUCUUUUGAUUCAUCUGGAAUACAGCAAGUGUUGCCAGGUUCGUUUGAGAAUGAGGUGGCAGGUUGGUUGGCUAACGGAGGCCACAACCACUCCCAAAUAUACGAUGCUUCUGCUCCUUUGGAUCACCAACUUAGGAACUUGUCGUCGUCACUGUAUGAUCCGUUUUCACAAGGAACGAGUUCAAAUGGUGGCGCAGAUCCGAGUAGCAUGGGAGAGUGUCAUGUGAGUGUUACAAACGGCAGUGAUGGAGAGCUUCCGACUUGGCCACAGCCUUACACAUCUUCCGGACAUCAUUCCAAUCUUAUGCAACCAUCACUGAUGCCUCAAUAUCAGGCAAUGGUAAGCUCAAACAUGCCAGAAAUUAUACCACACGAGCAGGUGGAUAUUCCAGUUAGCAGCUCCAACGUACAAGCUUACAACGAUGGUGCAGACAAUUACCAUGACCAAAACAACAAAGUGCCUCAGCUUAAUGGGCAUUAAUCAUCAUUCUACACUAUAUAGUAAUUCAAGUGCUGAUGAGGUUCAGUUGAUCAUUGUUCAUCGAUGCUCGUUCCCUCGGCCUUGAUUUUAAUUAAUUAGCAGCUGUUGUAAUUUGUAGCAGUACUACUGUAACUAGGAGAAUCAAUUUAGCA